CGGUCGAGCCUCCUGCUCCACGCACCGACGUCUGUCAGGACCCGGGGCGUCUUCAGGAACCGCCUGACGCUCCUCAGAUGUUCUCCAUCCUGUUGCUCAACAUCCCAGACGUGGACUCGGCGGACGCUGGAGAUGCCCAGAUGUGCAGUGAAUACGUGUGUGACAUCUACGCUUAUUUACAGCAGCUCGAGGUAGCGAUGGCCAUCAGGCCGUGUCAUCUGGAGGGUCAGGAGGUGGCGCGGCAUGCGGCGGUCUCCAUCGACUGGGUCAUGCAGGUUCAGAGAGAGUUCAGACUGUCACAGGAGACUCUCUUCAUGACCGUCGGCAUCAUCGACCGCUUCCUUCAGAAUAACCCGGUGCCCAGGAAGUAUUUGCAGCUGCUCUGUGUGACUGCGAUGCUGCUGGCGUCUAAGUAUGAGGAGCUCUACCCGCCCACGGUUGGAGACUUUGCGUUUGUGACGGAUGGGGCAUACAGCUGUGGAGACAUCCGGAGGAUGGAGAGAAUUGUCUUAAAGCGCUUGAACUACAGCCUCGGCCGACCCCUUCCUUCUCACUUCCUGCAGAGGGUCUGUAAGAUUGGACAGGCCGGUCCGAGGGAGCGCGAGCUGGCCUCCUUCCUGACGGAGCUGAUGGUUCUGGACUAUGAUCUGGUCCAUGUUCCUCCGUCUCUCAGCGCAGCGGCUGCGUUUCAGGCGUCUCGGACGAUUCUGGGCUCGGGCUCGUGGGGAAGCGUGUGAAGUACUGAGAGUGAUCCGCUGGCAGCAGAAGCUCGAGGUCUCAUCUUGAUAAUGACCGUUUGGCAGAGCGCGGGUCUGCAGCGGUACACCGGCUACAGCGAGCAGACGUUGGCUCCGGUGGUGCAG